GGUGCGGGUAGGACAGUGACUCUGCGAACAGGGACCGUGCCCACUGAGCGAGCAGGAGACCUGCUCACCACGCGAGUAUUCGCCUAUCCUCCGCAUGCCAGCCCAGACUUCCGGAGAGAGGUCAGCUAAUUCUGCCUGUCUGUCUGCCUGUCUGCCUCUCUGCCCUCUGUUCAUCGAUAACAUACCGCCGACACAUAGGAGACUAAGGCUUCUAUAAGCGAGAUCAGCAUUGACAAGACUACAAGCUUGGUCCCUGAAUCCCCAUCAUCAUGGACCGGAGCAUGAUCAUCUCGGGGCUUAUUAUAGUAGUGAUCAAAGCUGUUGGGAUGACCCUAUUUCUGCUGUACUUCCCACAGGUUUUUUACGAAAGUAAUGAUGGCUUCAUCCCCACGGAGAGCUACGGGACCACUAAUGUGCAGAAUGUCUCACAGAUCUUUGCGGGGAAUAAUGAAGGCAUCAUGCCUACAAGGAGCUAUGGAACAGCCUGUCCCACAGACUGGGAUUUUCAUCAAGGGGAUUGCUUCUUCUUCUCCACGUCCGAAUCAUCCUGGGAAAACGGCAGGGAUGACUGUGUAGCAAGAGGAUCCACACUGGCAAUUGUCGACACAGCAGAGAAACUGAAGUAUCUUCAGGACAUAGCUGAUGCUGAGAAGUACUUCGUUGGUUUGAGACGUCAGUCUCGAGAAAGGCAUUGGCGCUGGAUCAACAAUUCUGCGUUCAGUGGCAAUGUCACGAAUGAGAGUCAGAACUUCCAUUGCGUCACCAUAGGCCUGACAAAGACAUUUGAUGCUGCAUCCUGUGACAUCAGCUAUCGAUGGAUCUGUGAGAAGACCCCCAAAUGAUCAUGGGUCUCUACAACAAGAGCAAAUAUGUGUCUACAGAGGCAGCAAAACAGAUUAGUUACAAUUGAAACCAGUUCAGAAAAUAGCGUACAUCAAAGACUUUGGUCAUCUUCCAUGGGUUGCUGGUGGAGCUCCCCAGUAAACCCUCAGGGCCAGUAUGUCAUUUCCUUUCACAAACAUCGUCACACAACAGGAGAACUCCUGUCCUACUCCAGACAAUCCCCAAGACCACACUUCCUGUGAGAGGGGACUGGAAUCUAGUCAGCCCCAGAAGACGGGGCCAGUUUUCUAGAGAAGAAAUUGAUAUAGAAAUGAAAUCUGUGUCUGUAGGGUUGAGCAUUUUGACUCAUCACUGGGGCUUUGCCUGCAGGCAGAAUCUAUUUCAUCCUUAGAGCACACAGCCAUACUAUCGAGAAGAGACUGCAAAAGGAAUAGGAGAUGAGCACCGUUCGACGGCAGUGUGGGUAGAAGAUAAACCCAGCUCCAUGGCCUCCUCUAUUGCCCAAAGAUGUCCGUUCCUAUAUCCCCCACUAGAAGCUACGGGAGCAAAUGCCUUCCUCCAUCUGCACUGAGACCAAGGCUCUUGAGAGGACCGCUACAGCCCAGCUUGGAGCUGAAAGAACACUGUGGGAGUGAAGGAGAUUUUGCAUAGGACAGAAAGAAAGGAGGGGAAGGGAAGGGGGAAAGAAGAGAAAUGGAGAGGAGAGGGGAAAGGGAAGGAAAGAAAAGAUGGUGGGCAGGAGAGGAGGGUGAUUGAAAAACACGGAAGCUAAAAUUUUUCUUGGUUUGACAUAAAAUUCUAAUAUGACAUAUAUAUCUCAUUACGGAAGGGAGAGCAAAAUGGGGACAAAUGGGAGUUAUGGGAGACGAAGCAGGGAGUCCGCGUGACAGCAACGAAAGAAAGGGAAGAUGGGUAGCAGCCGCAUAGGUGCCUGAAGUCGUCAGAGAAAAGGGAUGCAUUGGCUGAGUAACCAGAAGCCUGUAGCACACUAAAGAAAAUGAAGACACCCAACAAUUAACUCAGCAUUUGCACCUAAUAAUGAUAUGUCCAUGUGCCACUGGUCAAAAUAAAUUGUCAAUUCUAUUAUUACAAUACUGUUAAUUCUCUAGUUUCUAGGUUUCAAUGUUGCUAGUGUGCUGAUAGAUUUCUAAUUUUAGUGAGAUAAUAUGCCAGCUAUUAAAACCCCCUUGAAGAAGGCCAUCCAAAGGAUUCAGGUGGAUGCUGGGAUUAUGUUUGUGCCCUGUGGAGCUACAAGUUCUCUGAUGGGCUUAAUACAUGAAUGUCACAGAGCAGGAAGGGGGCUGAGUCUAUGGUAGAGAGAAGACUCAACUGGACUAGCUCAAGGUAAGCCCCAGGGCCCAGACAGCAGGAAAAAAAUCUUGAUCCUUUUUGAGAAAAGAGAACUUCCAUUGCCACACUUCCUGUCUUAUGACAGAACAGUUGCAGACUAUUGAGGCCAGGAAAUGAGGACAUCUAGUGAUUUCUGUGGUUGAAGUCUGAAUUUCCCGCAAGACAAGGAGUUACUCCUGCACAGGUUCUUAAAGAAGCUUAGGAAGGGGCUGCCAUGAGAAAGAGUCUCUUCAGGGACUCUGUGGGUGUUGUGUCAAUUACUGGAGAAGGGGCUCACAGGGCAGACAAAUGUGGCCUUUGUUGGGGACCGGUGAUAGGGUUUGUUUGUUUGUUUGUUUGUUUUAGUGGAUUUGGUAAACUGUUUGGGUAGGAGUUUUGACUGUGCUCCUAAUAUGCUUUUCCCUACACACAUCUUUGACAUCUGACACGGCAUGUCUAUAGUUUUUACAGCUUUAUGGGGAUGUAAGUAGAUUGUCAAAAGAUUUACUCAUUUGAAAUGUACCGCUCAAUAGAUUUGGUACUUUCUCAGUAGUUUGCAUUCAUCGCCUUAGGAAGAAACCCUGUACGCACUAGCUCUCGCUACAGAGAGCUCUUUGGAGCCUGCCUCUAUAAGCCUCCUUACUGUGGGUUUCACAUGAAGAGCAUCAUACAAUAUAUGGCCUUUUCUUCCUGGCUUCCUCCACUUAGAAUAAGGUUUUCAAUGUUCACCCACGUAUUUCAGCAUAUAACGGUGCUCUAGUCUGGAUCUGGAAUGUCGCCCAUGUGGCUGGGUCAAGGGCUCAUUCCCUAGGAU